AUGGCCGGCGAAGAAAGCAACGAUGACUUUCCGUGGCAUCUGGGUGUAUUUGAUGCCCACUGCCAUCCCACCGACACCCUCUCGAGUCUCCAGUCGAUUCCGAGCAUGCGAGCCAAGGUUCUGACGGCGAUGGCCACCCGAGCCCAGGAUCAGGAACUCGUGGCCCAAGCUGCAGACCAAUAUGGAGUCACCGAAGCGGAUAUGGCUGUUGAAGAUAUGGGAUGGAGUGAGGAGCACAAAGUCCUGCCCGCAUUUGGUUGGCAUCCCUGGUUCUCCCAUCAGAUGUUCGACGAGAAUGAAUAUGCUGGUGCCAGUGCAUUGAAUUGGGAGCAGAAAGCAGCCCAUUACCAAAGUGUCUUGACGCCCAAGUCCGAAGACCACGACUUCCUCCAGGCUCUUCCUGAUCCACGCCCAUUCGGCCAUUUUAUCGGACAGACUCGAAAGUACCUUGAGCGAUAUCCACUGGCGUUGGUCGGUGAGGUGGGACUGGAUCGCUCGUUUCGGAUACCUGAGACAUGGUUACCGGGACAAGCGGAGGAGCGAGACGAUGUCUUGACCCCUGGCGGUCGGGAAGGUAGACGACUGAGUCCCUACCGAGUCAGCAUGGACCAUCAGAAAAAGGUCUUGUUGGCACAGCUGGCCCUUGCUGGAGAGAUGCAACGUGCUGUCUCAGUUCACGGGGUUCAAGCCCACGGCAUUGUUUAUGAGACUGUCUCACAGACUUGGAAAGGCCAUGAAAGAAAGGUUGUAUCAAAGAAAGACAAGAAGCGAGCAGAAGCUAUCGCCAAGGCACACGCAGAUGCACCUGAAGCUGGAGAUGAGGGCAAUGAGUCUGCUGGAUCCAAACCGUACCCGCCGCGAAUAUGCUUACAUUCGUUCUCCGGACCUGCAGAGACGGUCAAGCAGUACAUUACACCAAGUAUUCCCUGUGACAUUUUCUUCAGCUUCAGCACCACCAUCAAUGCCUGGUCAGAGACUGGAGAUGGCAAGGUAGAAACCGCGGUUAAAGCUGUGCCUAAUGACCGGAUUGUCGUCGAAAGCGACCUACAUACCGCUGGCAAUCGCAUGGACUCGUACUUGGAAGAGGCAGUACACAAGAUCUGCCAUGUCAAGGGAUGGAAGCUGGAAGACGGUGUCAAACAGCUUGGAUCGAAUUGGAAGCAUUUCGUCUUUGGGACACGUUAA